AUGAUGGCGGAUCCAAAAUAUGCUAACUUACCAGGAAUCGACUUGAAUUCUCCUGAUGUUUAUGAAACAAGCGAACUACCUGAAGUGGAUCAGAAGACUCGCCCAGAUCAGGAAGAGGUUCAUAAUGAGGCUAUUACACGAAUGAAACUUGAUUCAAAAGCUGCCUAUGACAAAUUUAAAGGAAAAGUUCUUGAUGCCUCUAAUGCUGAUUUUUCUGGUAGAAUCCGAAGUCAGAAGAAUACCGGCUAUGACAUAAUCAAAAGUGAAUAUGAAAUUUUGGAAGAAGGAAGUGAUACAAAAGAAUCUCCUCAACAAAGAUACCAAAGACUUCAGCAUGAAAUUAGAGAACUCUCUGAAGAAAUUAGUAAAGUUACUGAAGCAGCCAAAACUGAUAGCAACAGUGAAAAUCUCUCUCCUGUUAAUUUUGGGAAGCAAUUAGAAUAUCUUCAUCACCAAUUGGCUGAUUUGCAUUUAGAAAAGUUAUUGGGACCAGAAACCUCAAUCGAUCUUUCCGAUCCUCAAGGAGCCCUUAGAAAGCGUUUGCUAACUCAAUUGGAAACAUAUACUCCAGCAACUACUGCUCCUGCCAAAAGUGAGAGUGCUCCUCAGCCUACAUCUGCUCAAGCUAAAGAUCAUGUCACCUAUGAACUUUACUAUCGACCAGAACAAGCCCAAUUUAGCAAGAAUGCCAAGUUGGCCAACAUCGAAGAAAGGUUAGAGCGCUUGGAAGCUGUGAUUGGACACAAUCCCCAGAAAAUGAAUGUUCUUACAGCUGAGCUCAGCAACAAAAGUCUUUUGAAUGCUGUUGCUUCCAUAAACUCUAAGCUGUCCCUGUUAGUUCCUGCCCAUAUUGAUCAAGUCGAGGGCAGAUUGCAUCAUGUUCUGCAAAAAGUGAACCAGAUUAGUGAGAAAAAAGCCACUGAUGAUAGUUCAGAGAAACAAGCUAAGGUGUUUGAAUUAUAUGAAAUUGUCAAGAAAUGGGAAAGUAUGUCUGAUGUUUUACCCCAAAUUGUGGAUCGGUUAACCACUCUGAAAGAUAUUCAUGAACAAGCACUUCAAUUUAGUCAAGCUCUUGCAUAUUUGGACACAGCUCAACAAGAAAUCAGGAAAACAUUGACUUCACAUGAUGACAUGAUGAAGCAGUUGGAUGAAUCUUUCAAGCUGAAUACUAAAGCUAUCAAGAAUAACUGUGAUAGUCUUGAAGAAAGAAUAAAAGCUUUGAAGAAAUGA